AUGGCUUCUCUUACCGCUACUGCCACCAUGCUCUCGGCCACGGGCUUCGACAAGAGGGCCAGCUCUGCUUCUUCCCUGCAGACACCCGGCUCUGGCUCGUUCCCCUCCGAGCUCGUCAGUCCCUUGGCGACUUCCCCCAGUCUCUUGCGGAGGGAUGAGCUCAAGACUCCCAUCACCCCUCCUUCCGCCUAUCUCGACUUUCUGCGGAACAUGUCGCCUGCCAUGCUGAGCCCUGCUCCAAGCAGUACGAGCGCGCGCUUCAGCUUCAGCGACAAGGAUCUGGCUUCUCAUCCUCCCUUGGAGAAGGUUUCCUCCGCAAGUCCCCCGAUCCAGCUGGACCCUCAACAACCCCAAUUAUCCCGUAACACCUCCUACGACUCAAGCAUCUCCGCGAACAGCAGCCUCAGCAGCCUGAGCGGCGUAUCAAUCGCAAGCUCAACCUCCCACGGCUCCGCCAAAAAGCAACGACCCGAGUCCCCCCGUGUAAUCAUCCCACCAUCCCCCUUCGCCAAGCCCGCUCCAAGGUCAGCGCGCACCCCACGCCUGCACAUCCCUCAAUCGCCCCUCAACCCCGCCGUCAACUCAACCCACUCCAUCCCUCAAUCCCCCUACUCCACAACGCCCCUCAGCGCAGCACCAUGGAGCGCAACCUUCUCUCCCCGCGACAUCGACCCGGAGAUCAACGGCAAGCCCGGCAAAGUCAGCGUGCGACAGGUCGUCACCAGGACUGUCACGUAUUGCCGAACGCCGCUGGACCCGGCGCCGAAGGGCAAGAGGCGAAAGAUUGAGGUCGAGGAACUCGAUUCCAAGGAGUCGUCUGAGGAGCCGCCGGUCAAGCAAGAGAAGCUGGAUGAUCAACAGGCUGUUUCGGCUACGCCUGAUGCGCCGAAGGACGCGUAG